CGUCUGCGCACUAAGACACUCGGAUCCAAGUUUGGAGCUUUUAGCUGCCAGUCCUGGCCCAUCAUGUAGGUGCAGCAGAGCCUUCCUUACUAUUGCAAUAGGGGGUAAAAAUCCACUUUGCAAUCUGUUUUGCAAGGUGUGCAAUUGCAGCUCCUUGCUCUGCAAGGAGAUCUUCUGUAGGGAAUGAGAAAAACUCCAGUUGCAUGAAGACUGAGCGCUUGCAGUUUGCAUCUUUGUUGCAAAACUAGCUACUGAAGAGAGAAGGCAAAGUCUUUUGUGUUCCCCUCCCCCAUCAAAGCAGAGGGGAAAAUGUCUCAGCAGAGAGGCAGGAGGAAAAAUCCAGGGUUGAAAAUUCCUAAAGAAGCAUUUGAACAACCACAGACAAGCUCUACGCCACCUAGAGAUUUGGACUCCAAAGCCUGCAUCUCCAUUGGCGACAAGAAUUUUGAAGUCAAAGCUGAUGACCUGGAUCCAAUAUCCGAACUGGGACGUGGUGCAUAUGGGGUGGUAGAGAUGAUGCGACAUAUGCCCAGUGGGCAAAUUAUGGCUGUGAAGCGAAUCCGAGCAACUGUGAACAGCCAGGAGCAGAAGAGGCUGCUGAUGGACCUAGAUAUUUCCAUGCGGACAGUAGACUGUCACUUUACUGUCACUUUCUACGGUGCGCUGUUUCGAGAGGGAGAUGUAUGGAUUUGUAUGGAAUUGAUGGACACCUCACUGGACAAGUUCUACAAGCAAGUCAUUGACAAAGGCUUGACGAUUCCUGAGGACAUCUUAGGAAAAAUAGCUGUAUCAAUUGUAAAAGCAUUAGAGCACCUACACAGUAAGCUCUCUGUAAUUCACCGAGAUGUCAAGCCCUCCAAUGUACUGAUCAAUACACUGGGACAGGUGAAAAUGUGCGAUUUUGGAAUUAGUGGUUACCUCGUUGACUCUGUGGCCAAGACGAUGGAUGCUGGCUGCAAACCUUACAUGGCACCUGAAAGAAUCAACCCAGAACUGAACCAAAAGGGAUACAGUGUCAAAUCUGAUAUUUGGAGUCUGGGAAUCACAAUGAUUGAACUGGCAAUCUUGCGGUUUCCAUAUGACUCCUGGGGGACGCCAUUCCAGCAGCUCAAACAGGUGGUGGAAGAGCCAUCACCGCAACUCCCAGCGGACAAGUUCUCAGCAGAUUUCGUUGAGUUUACCUCACAGUGCUUGAAGAAGAAUUCCAAAGAGAGGCCAACAUAUCCUGAGCUAAUGCAACACAGUUUCUUCACCCUGCACGAAUCCAAAGAGACAGACGUGGCUUCUUUUGUCAAACUCAUCCUGGGAAACUGAGAAAUGGACUUGUACAUGAUUUUACCCUUCUGUGGACUGGUGGGUUUUAGGAGGAGGGCACAUGACAGGACAGCCUUCAUCACAAGAGAUCCAGUAGGAGAACGUGCUACUGGCCAAUUUUUGUGUUUUUUUAAUUAUUAUUUUUGGUAAAAUGCUAUCAUCACCCUCCUCUUGAAGGUUUUUUAAAGGGUUCUUUGGUAUCCAUAGUGACUUAGGAUGGACUGGUUAGUGAAAUGAAUUUUAAUAAGGUUGUCAACUGUAAACAAAGAGAAAUUUAAAAGAGUGAUUGAAAUGAUGACAGACACGAGUUCUCUUAAGCAUCUCCUCAGUUCCCUUACCUUGUUACCUGUCAAACCAGAUUUGCUUUUGUUUAUGGUAAUAGGUGCUACGGUAGUUAUGAAGUUCUAUGUAGAGUUAUAUUUUGUCCCUACCAUUAUUUUAAUAUUUAUGUUAAGUGCUUGGUUUCAAUAGAACCUUUUUGUUCUUCUGUGAGAGUUGAAUGGUGGGUGAUGACGAGUGAUGACAGCUAAAGCUAUAAAGAUGAGUAUUUAUAGGGCUUUGCUGGGAAAUGGAGGAGAAAGCAUGGGUCAUAUAGAUACAGUAUAUAUAGAUAUAUGUAUUGGGUGGAAGACUAAUUUAAAUUCAGUGAAGAGUUUGACAUAUAUGUUAGGUAGCCCACCAAUGCCUGAGAAACUCUGCAUCAUUCCUUAGGAGAUGCCUAGAGGCAAUAUUGUUCUUGCAAGAACAUCAAGAGGAUGUAAAAACCUGGUUGUGGUGACUUCUUAUCCUGUUGCUUUGGUUAUAUCUUCAAUGAAUAAUGGUAUUCUGAAGGGUGGGGUUUAUUCAUGUAAAUCAAAAACAGCACUAGCCAUUUUACUGUUGGCUAAGCAAUGAUGAAUAAUUACCCCAUGACCUGCAAUCAAGCAAGUGCCCUCUCUGUCGGGUGUAGGUCAUGGGUGGUCCAAUGUAUUUGACUAGAGAGAAGGAGAUACCCUGAAGGAAAAUGGAACCCAGAGUUAUGACUUUCAAUAAGGAGGCAAAAUCAGGUAGCAGGGGAGAAUCGGUUUUGCACUGCUAGUUUUUAUACUGGCAAGAGUAUACUUUUUGCCUUGAACACUCACACUUCAUACAUGUACCAAUAUUUGCCUCAUUUCCCCUCUCCUACCAUCCCUCCACAGCUUUUCACUUUUCUGGAUGCUUACCUGAACAAGACCUGUAUAUGUCCAGCACAGGCUAAAACAGUGGGUUGCAUCAACUAAGUCUUACUCAGAAUAGACCCACUGAAAUUAACGAACCUAAGUUAGUCAUGUCUAUUAACUCCAAUGGGUUUGCUCUGAGGAGGACUAGCAUUGAAUACCAUGCAGUCUUUCUGUCUGAAGAGCAUAGUAAAACCAAAUGAAUAGGAGUUAGACAUUAGGUGUUGGAUCCUUCACCUUAAUUUAUUAUUGUUACCAUUAUUGUUGUUGUUUUGAAAACACUCAUAGGGCCAAGCAAUACUGGCUUGAGUGUCAUAUGGUCUGGUAACUGUUUCUGGAGCUGCACAUGCUUCCAGCUUGAUCUCUCCUGAGCCACACCUCUGUUGUUCUGGCAGUUUGCAUGGGCAUCGUGCUUCAUGGCACACACCUAUUCCUUGUUCAGUAUAUUAUAUAGCAAGAGGCUGUUACAGAUCUGCUAAGAAUGCUUUUGCUCGUGAAGCAUUUCCAUUUCCUGAGCUGAACCAUGGCAGUCUUAAGUUCUUCACAAUGGUGAGGAAUGCUGAGAGGGUUUGGUGCUGAGGGAGAACAUUAGCGUCCGGCUAGCACUUUGUCCUUUUACUUAGGAAAUGCUAUUUCUGCCCAAGUAGUGGGCAUGGGGCAUCAGUGUGAAGCAGUUCAGAAUUCAAACAGUAAUUGCACCAGGUGAUCAUCCAGUGUUUGCAACGUAGACUGUUCGCAGAACUUGCUGUCCUGGUUCUUCUGUAGUCCACAUUUUACCAUGUAACCGGUCAUUUGUGCAUAUGUCCAUUGGAAACCAUUUAGGAGAUGUUUAACUGCAGACAAAACACUAAGUGGGUUCACAUUUCUUUGUAAUCUUAAAGGCCUAGAAAGGCUUGUAACCUGCCCCUAAUUUUCCAUUUUAUGUGCAUGGUUCCCCUUCACUUUCAAUUCCCACCCCUCUCCAUUGAUUCUAAGCUGCUUUGAUGGAUUGUCUUCAGCUGCAGCUCAGCCAGCCAGUGUUUAGAACUGGUUCCAGCAUCAAUUCUCACUUUGAAAAACAUGACAUUUAAAACCAGCUUUUUGGGUUUCCUACAUAUGGAUCUGAUGCUUGCUGUAGAGAUUGUUUUUGCUGCUUUUCUCUUGGAAUAGAAGACUCAUUUGGACACCACAUCCUCUUGACCUUGGAACACCUUUAUUUGAGUGCUGUGGUAACAGGCAGGCUAGAUUUAUGAGAUAGGAUCAAUUUUAAUAGCAGAUAUUAAUAUUCCCUUUGGUUUCCUAUAGUAGAAUGCCAAUGCUGUCUACAGUAAGUCAGUCUAGAAAGAUUAUUGCACUGUGAAUCAACACUACAUGCCUCAGGCUUUAUGUUAGGAAUUAAUACAUGGAGUCUAAGUUUCUUAAUCAUUUAGGUGCUUUUGAGUUAUUUUGUCAACUCUGUCUUUGUAUAAUUUGUCCCUUGGCAGGUAUAUAGACCCUUUCUGAGUCUUAGAAUAAAGCACGCCCAGGUUAUUCACAUACCACGUUAAUGAAAAUCACUUCUAGGAUGCUUUAAUGUGCAGUCCAAAUGAUUCAUUUCCUAAAGGAUGGGGGGGGUGAGAAUAAAUAGCUGACCGUAGAGUCCACUGAUAACAGAACAAGAAGCAAUGGUUUUAAAUUACAGGAAAGCAAAUUCAAAUGUAAGCAUUAGAAGAAACCUCUUGACUCAUAUGUUGUUCCACAAUGGAACAUGCUGCCUGGAGAAGUUGUAGAAACUUCAUUCUUGGAGGUUGUCCAGAAAAGUCUGGACAGGCAUCCAUUUGAGAUGUUUUUGGAGAGAGAUGAUCUCUAGGUUUGGUGGGACACUGGAUGAGAUUACUCAUUAGCUUUGUUCCAUGUACAUGGUUCUGUGAUUUUUAAUUAGGAUGGCAACAAAACUUAAUUAGGGACCACAAUCGUAUUUAUGGGAGAUACUGUGGUGUUUGAUUACACUGUUGAGAAUGUUAAUAAAUACCCCAGACUUGUUUGUUGGAAACCAACAAAUCUUCUUUUCUUGGCCAGAAGCUCCCAGGGUUUUGAGGCUUCCUUUGCUCACUGUCUUAGCUUCACAUAUGACAAGUGACACUGUUCCAAGUGAGAAAGUUGCAGAUACCUUCUAUACAUGCCAUCACAAGUGACAAACACUCCUCUGUCUACUCAAGCGUGCAACAGGGAGCCCAACUGAUGCCAGCUACCCAUCAUGUGUGACUAGAGAUCCAAGUGUUUGUGCAUGCAUUGCUAGAUACGACAGAUUGGACACGGAGAUGAGAUCCAUGUUGGAAAUUUUUCCAGGGACAUUGUGGCCCUGAGUCACUUUCAGAUCACUCAGGUUAGAAUUCUGAACUCAGAAUAAUCUCCUUUCCAUAUUUUUAUAAUGUUAUAAAGAAGCAAUAGUUUAUGCACCCACUUACCAGGAUUGAUACAAUGGCAAGUCAGUGGCUUCUGGUUUUCCAGAGGGUCAUCCUGGUUGCCUUUAGUCUCCAGUACAUCCCUUGAUCAUGUAAACAAAGUGGAGGUUGAAAGGAAUUAAGGAAUUAACACUGCAGGUUCUUAAAGGUAUUGGUUCUAAGCAUGCUCAAUUUGGGAGCACAUCUGGGGUUGGUUUUGUGAGAUUCAGCACUUCUAGUAGGUUUUGUGGAGGUUAAAUUCAUUGCUGUUCCAACGUACCUUUAAUUUCAAAAUGCCUAACCUAAACUACUUAGGUGUUUUUGGAUCGUUUUUAAGCUAUGAAGAUUUCCUGUGAUUUCUUGCAUCUGCUUUCUCAUCUGUUCAACGCUGCUCAGCUUUUUGCCACCAUUGACAAAUAGAGAUGAGUAUAUAAUUGUAUGAACAGUGAUAAUAUCAGCAAGAAAGAGUAGUUGGAACCUAUGCAUAGGUCAGAAUCCUGUUACUGACACCAGUGCAUUUGGCUGUGCAUGAUAAACUAACAAACACCGCAUCUUAAGUGGACUGAGCAUUCACAUUAUUGCUAACUGUCCCGCUUAGUGUUUCAUAUUCUUGAAGCUUGUGAACCAUUAACAUUGUCCCUUAAUGUCUGUUCUGUGGAACUGUGAAGGAAAAGGGGUAACUUUGAGGCCUGUGCAUAUGCUUUGUUUUGCCCUCUAGUUCUCUGAACCAAGAGGUAUUUAUUGCAUUCUUCCCUACAGGAUGUUGCUUCAGUCAUCUCAUGCCACUCUAUUUGCUGAUUUCUUGUUUUCAAAUGUAGACCAUGAUAGCAUGACUCUUUUCUCCAUUAAAAAAACAAAACAAAACAAAUUGCAACCCUGCUUUCUAGCUUCUUAAUUAUUUUGAGGUUCCUUUUCUCUGAAUUGUGCCACUGAGGUUCCUGGUCACAGAUCUCUUACUAGCAUUGCAUCAAAUUGGAAAUGGAGGGGAAAGCUAUCAGUGAAACAACUUGUUCUGCAUUUAUUAGAGAAUGAGGGAAGUAGUUUCACAGACUCCGAUAGUCAUGUAGUGAAGUCCCAGAAACUUUGGUGUUUCUACACCAUAAUUGCAAAUACUGUGCAGUAGCCUGGUUGCUUGAAACUUCUGAGAUGCAUCCAUCGCUGUUGUCUUUUAAAUGCUACAUGGGCAGACCCCACCCAGCCUGACACUGGUGAUGUGAUGAUGAACAGGGCAGCAAGUUGGAAGCAUGUCUUGAGUAGCUGUGCAGCCUUCUGAAUUGGUGGACUAUUACCGUGAGCUCCUCUCCUCUCCCAGUAAUUGACACUGCAAGGGGCUUGUCCAAGGGUAGAAGUGUUCCAUGCUGGUAAUCCUGUAUUGAACCUUUGAACUCAGGCAAAGUUGUGCAUGGUCAUUCUUAUAACCUGAUGAAGAGAACUGCAUGCACACUUGAAUUUUUAGUAGGCAGUGUUCUUCACAGUAAAUACCUAAUUCAUCUUCGCUACAGUACAGUCCUUAUCUUAAUCUAUUUUUUGGUGCUGAGAGUGCCAUUUUUUUACCAUCAGAUAAUUCUUCCUAUGCAUAGGAGAGGAAUAAAGGACUCUGAAUGGAAAAUGCUGGCAUUUCUGGAUUAUUAUGGUAUGUGGACCAGUUCCAUUCAUUACAGUUAUUGCAUAUUAUUGCAGUACAAUUUAUUUUAUUGAUAAAAUUAUAUAUAUCCCACCUUUCAGCCCUCUAAAGGGCCCAUUAGGUUGUUUACCUCCACCCAAAACAACAAACAGGGUUAAAAGAAGGUUGUUAUAACCUGCCAGUAGCUGAGACAAUAAAAACAUUCCAGGAGUAGAAGGUUCCACCGAGCCUGGUAAUACCUCCCUUUAAUACAUGGAUGGUGCCAUUUUGGCCACAUAAUUAACGUCACUCAUGCCUGAACACGAGAAAUAGAAGGAAUGAUGAUUAUACUCCAGAGACACAGAAGGGGCCAAAUCUCAUUUUAUAAAAAUGUACAAAUAAUUAUUGAAAAGUAUCUAGUGAUACUUUUGCCUUAAUACUAAAUAAACCCUUUCCUAUGCUAAUUGCAAAUCAAAAUAAAUUCUUAGACCAUUAGGUAACUCAGCAGUCCCACCUGCCCCUCUUUACUGCCUUGGAAUCUUCUCCUCCUUGCUUGGGAAGGUGGGCUGUUUUCAGACCUCCAUUUAAAUUGUAGCUCCUGCAUUGGGUUACGACUGGGGUAGCCAAUGUGGUGUCUUCCAGAUGUUGUUGGACGCCCAGUUCCUAUCAGAUGUGGGCAGCAUGGCCAGUGGUCAGGGCCAAUAGGAAUUGUUGUCCAACAACGUCUGGAGGGCCCCUGGUUGGGUACAAAGAUGUUAGUUUAGUUUCUGAAAUGUAGAGAUACUGGAAGGGGCAGGCUUGUGCCCUGAUAACCUUUUCUUUUGGUGAGGCUCAGUUAAUGAAUGUUGCUUGCAUAAGCAACAACAACAACAAGGUAAUGCCUGAAGCAUCUUUGCUUUAGUAACUGCAGCUAAAUAUUUGAUAUAUCCAUUGCAAUAAUCCAGUCCUGAUACUGUGCUACAUUCCAAAGUUUUUUUGUAGCUUUCUAGGUUUUGUUUUUUUAAUUUGCACCAGAAUGGGAGGGACUGAUUGGAAGCAGACACCAGCUUCAAGUAAGGAUUCCCUUCGUAAAGGGUGCAUUCUGGGAAGUAUGAUAUAAAAAGCCCCGCCCCCUUUGAGUAACAAGGCAGCUUUGGAGAAUGUAGCGACACCCUGGGGUAAUUCACACUUGAUGGUGAUCCCUACAUGAGCACCUUCUGGAGCGUCUGAUGGUGCUGUUCGGCUUGCCACUAAGCAGUGCUCAUGCAGAGGUGGUGUUUGCGUUUGAUUUAACUUGUAAAAGUUAUUAAAUACAUCAGAAGUCUAGGAAAAUAUAUUUAGGGUAAGAUUUCCAUAAGAACUGUUUUCAAGAAGGCCAUGAGCAGGGUUUUUUGUUUUUCUGAUGGUAUGCCUCAGGAUGGAGGACUGGCACCUUCUGGGGAGCGCAGGGUCGUCAGUAUGGUUUCUGUGUGUGCAUGUGAACCAGAGAGAGAGAAAUGGAGGGCAGUGUGUAUGUGUGUGAGAGGGGUAGGUGGGAAAGGUAUGUAUGUGUGGUCUGCGUGGGUUUGCUUGACUGUCCUGAUCGUUGAGGGGUGGUGGAGGAGGAAGGAACAGUUGAGAUCUGCCCCAUUUGCUCCACGGUUGCCUACCGGCCUUAUGCAGCUGGUGGCAGACACCUGCAGUUUUAUUGUCAGGGGUGUGUAUGUCUGUGUGUAUGUGUGUUUCACUCAAUAUGGUGCCUGUGUUUGUGCAUGCAAGAGAGUGAGAAAUUGAAGGAUGUAUGUAUUUUCUGUGUGUGGGAGAGAAAGAGACAGGGAGGUAUGUCUUUGUAGAGUGUGUGCGUGUGUGUCUGCUUGACAUGUUUGUCAAGUAGGGAAGUCAGAAGAGGAAGCAGCAGCGAUGGGGAUUGUCCUGUUUGCUUGAGCAGUCAUUACCCACCAGCCAUGUGAAGCUGGUAGCGGGCGCUUGCUUCUCCCUGUGAAGGGGCUUAUCCGAUUGGUGCGGAGGGGGGGAGGAGAGGAGGAAGGAAUGGCAGGGGUCACCCCUGUGCUUGAAUGUUAGUUGCCCACCAGCUGCACUUUGCGGGCAGCACUUGUUUCUUGAUUGGGGGGCAGAGGUUUCCUCAGUAUGGUGUCUUUGCAUCUGUACGUGCAAGCGAAAGAAACAGAACGAUGUAUAUUUGUGUGUGAGAGAGAAGGUGAGGUAGAUCUGUGUGGCAAGUGUGUGAGAGAGACAAAGAGACUAGAUAGGUCUGUGUGUGAAAGAUAGAAAGAGGAGUAGGUAGGUCUGUGUCGGACUCGGGCGGAAAGAGAAUUAUCGAGAGGGAGUUAGGUAGGUAUAUGUGGUCUGUAAGAGAUGCACUUGGGCAGAGGGGAGAGGGUUGUUUAUGGUAUGUGUGAGAGAGAUGCGCGUGGGUCUGUGUGCGUAUGUUGAGUGCGUGUGUGCAUAUUUUUCCUAGAACUCUAGGGAAUACUUGUUAGACACCAACAGCAUUGUAGUGUGUGUGGGGAAAUCAAUAGUGCAAUCUACACAAUUAGGACAUAGCUGACUUCCCAUGAUAAGCAGGAGGCUGCCUGAAAGGAGGGAGUGGGAAGCAUCUAAUUUUGUGCUAUGCCAUCCCCCCCCCCAUGGCAGCCAUUUUGUGACUGGUACCUACAAUGCUUUACCAAAAUAAAACCCUAAUUUUUGUAUGUGUUCAUUUUUCAAAUUCUUUUAAACUCAAAGUAAUAAACGGCAUCUAUAAAAUGUUAAACAUUUUUUCCUUUUACUAUGUAUUUCUGUUUUUUAUUAAGUUUUUAAUUAAACGUUCAGAAAUUCAACAGAGAAGGGAGGAGGGGUGGGAGAGGCAUUUUACCAUUUAUCAAGGUAAGAGUAUUGGUACCUCAUCUUCUUUAUUUUUUACACACAAAAAAAGCACUAACCAUGAGAAUACAGUAGGGGCCCGCUGUACGGUCCUUCUCUAAUGCAGUGGUCUCAAUUAGACGCAAUUAGACUAAAGCCCCACUCAUACGGCGCUUUUUCCGCUUUUAUGGCGGUUUUCAGGCGUUGCUCGCCAUUCUAUUCAAUCAGUUCUGCUUUUCAGCGGUUUUCGCUUUUCAGCGGGGGUCCGGAACGUAACCUGCCGUAUGAAUGGGUCCCUACUGUAAUGUGAUAAAGCACUGAACUUUGGAAAAUACACAGAAUGCUGUCAUGUGUAUAUGCUACUCUUAAUCUUCAAUAAUUUCAGCUUUUCAGUAGUGAGGUA